ACACCAACAAAUAACUGCAGGGAUCAUAAGCCAGAUCUUUUUGAUGAACUUAUCAACUUUCUAAAGACUCCAACUCAAAUAUGCCUCUCUCAGAAUCUGUGGCAUGACCCAUCUUAUCCCAAAAAUACAGUAGGACAUUUUGUUCUGUUUCAUAGUGCUCAUUCUAUCAAAUUCACUUUUGUGCAGAAGAACAGCGUGUGCACGAUCAGAAACAAUGCAAAUGUUUGCUGCAUUCAGUUUUCACCUGACUCCAGUCAUUUUCUGGCUUAUAGCUCUGCUGAUUACAAGACUUAUUGCUAUGAUCUUCGAAAUAUCUCAGCUCCUUGGUGUAUAUUGGCUGGCCAUGAGAAAGCUGUUAGUUAUGCAAAAUUCUUGGAUGCUGAAACGCUCAUUUCUGCAUCCACUGACAACAGCCUGAAGAUAUGGGAUCUCAAUAAAACCAACUCAAGUGGCUAUUCAGCCGAUGCUUGUGUCUUAACCCUUAAAGGGCACACCAAUGAGAAGAACUUUGUGGGAUUGUCUGUGAGCGAUGGAUACAUAACUUGCGGGUCAGAAACAAAUGAGGUCUUCUCUUAUUACAAAUCUCUGCCUAUGCCUAUUACUUCUCACAAGUUUGGCUCGAUUGAUCCAAUCUCUGGUAAAGAGACUGAUGAUGACAAUGGGCAGUUUGUUUCAAGUGUUUGCUGGAGACAGAAGUCAAACAUGGUUCUUGCUGCCAAUUCCAGUGGCUGCAUAAAACUACUAGAGAUGGUUUAGAUGUGGAGCAAGUGAAAGAAUCGCAGCCUUCAAUUGCUCCUAUUUCCUCAAAUGUCCUGGGAAUCUUUGAGUGGAUCAUGCGACAUGCAGCUUUAUGAUUCCUUGAGAAAUUGGAUAUUUCUCCAAAAGUAUAAGGUUAAACUCGGGGAAGGCACCCAAGUCUGCUAAAAUUGUCUUGACAACUGUGGGGUUGUUAGAUUCAAAAAGUUUAGGAAGCUGAACAGAAACUAGUAGUAUGGUGGAAGGAGUCUUCAUGUCGAAGCUGGAAAGGCAAUGAACGCUGAAAUUACUCGCUUAAGCCCAACGUAAUGUAGCGUUCCCAAAGAUGCAAUGCGUCUGAUAGGUGGAGAAGAGCCAUUUCUGCCACCUAAUUGACUGAAUCUUGAGAUAUUCCCUCAUAAUCGAUGCAAGCACAGUAGUGAUAUCAUCCAUAUUUUAGAAGGCUCAGGGUGUAGCUGUCUGCGCUGUCCAUCAUAUGAAAUUGCAGUCAAGAGAAAUUUUGUUGGUGUGUGAUGUUCAUUUGUACAUCCAGAUAGAUACAGCCAUUGUAAAAGCAUGUGUUACAGGAGCAGUUUAGUUGAUGAUGAGUUGGUUGUACAUGUCAUAAUUUUCUUCUUACGUAGCAAUAUAUAGGAAAUUUGUACAUUGAAUAUCAAAUGAAUUUUAAUACUUCGGCAUUUCUUUGUGCCAUAUUGGGGUACAGAUGACAAAAAUUUGUUGUUUUUA